CGAUCAAAAGUUCACUCACUCCCCCCAUGGGCACUCUGCGCGUUAUCAGUCCAUCCUGAUCUGUUGUAACAUGAGGACGGCCUUCUGGGUUGGCCGCCAAUGUCUCCGUCAAGGACCGCGUGCCUCAGCAUCUUUCGUGUUCCGAGCUUCCACGCGCCGUUUCUUCACCUCCGGUGACGCCUCCUUCUUCCGCCGACAUUUCGCAACCCCACGAUUCCCUCACAAGACGAUAUUAUGGUCGGGAGCUGGUGGUGCUGCAUUGAGCCCUCUUGCACUGGUCGCGAUUGGAAACAAUGCAACCAACGGGGGCGAGCAGACUCAUGAAGAGGCAAUGUUGGAGGUGUCACGCAAAGAAUUGAGCGAACAAGUUCCGAAAUCUUUGGAGAGUUCCACCAAAUAUCGUCGAGGAAUUUACUUCUUUAUCGAAGAUUACAUUGUCGAGCCGAUAUGUACUGGCCUACGCUUUCUACACCUCGUCGUAAUCUUUGUGCCAGUAAUAGUGACGAUUCCCGUUAUAUGGCUAGGGCAGAGGCAGCCGAGUCAGGACAACGAAAGGAGUGGCACAAUAUGGUGGUAUGGGUUUCUCGUGAAAUCAAUGGAGCGGGCAGGUGCGGCGUUCAUCAAACUUGGGCAAUGGGCCGCCUCAAGAUCCGACAUCUUCCCCAGCGAAAUGUGCAAGACCAUGUCAAUGCUUCAUUCUCACGCUCCCGCACACUCCCUCGAGACUACGAAACGAACGGUGGAAAAGGCCUUCGGUGGCCGAAAAUUCGAAGACAUAUUCGAGGAGUUUGACGAGACACCAUUGGGUGUCGGAGCUAUUGCGCAAGUUUAUAAAGCAAGAUUGAAGCCAGAUCUGGCUACCUUGGUAGAUCACGAGAAGGACUUUGAACCUCCGAAUCUACGACAGCGGAUAAAGAAGAACGUAGAUGUCACACUGAAGGAUAUUCCGCACAGGGUGCCGUCUAGCCAUGUUGCUAUAAAAGUGCUGCACCCAAAUGUGGAACGAGUUGUGCGCAGGGACUUGCGCAUCAUGGGCUUCUUCGCGACCAUCAUUAACGCAAUCCCUACCAUGGAAUGGCUGUCUUUCCCGGAUGAGGUCGCGCAAUUCGGCGAGAUGAUGAGACUACAACUCGAUUUACGUAUUGAGGCUGCGAACUUGACCUUGUUCCGACAAAACUUUAAGCAUCGCACCACGGCCUGGUUUCCAUAUCCAUACACAGAGUACACGACACGCAACGUCCUCAUCGAGGAGUUCGCACAAGGCAUUCCCCUAGAGGACUUUCUACAGAAUGGAGGCGGACCUUUCCAAGAAGAUAUUGCCAACGAGGGCCUCAAUGAUUUCUUGACCAUGGUAUUGAUUGACAAUUUCAUUCACGCCGAUCUGCACCCCGGGAACAUCAUGGUUCGAUUUUACAAACCGGAGACGUUGGAUGUACCCAUGCUCAGUCGUAAAGAGGACCGCACGACUGGCCCAGAAAACUCAGUCGACGUCACCGAAGACGUACUUCGUAGAUUGAGGCCGUUCAAGAAGGAUCCUGAACAGUGGCGGCAGCGCCUAGAGGAAAUAGACAAUGAAGGUUUCCGACCGCAAAUUAUCUUCAUUGACACUGGCUUGGUGACAGAGCUGAAUGCCACGAAUCGCGCCAACUUCUUGGACCUAUUCAAAGCAGUGGCAGAAUUUGAUGGAUACAAGGCUGGCCAUCUCAUGGUGGAACGGUGCAGACAGCCCGAGGCAGUCAUUGACGCUGAAGUGUUUGCCCUGCGUAUGCAGCACUUGGUGCUGGGUGUGAAGAGCAGGACAUUUGCGUUGGGCAACAUUAAGAUUGGCGAUAUCCUGAAUGAAGUGUUGUCCAUGGUACGAACACAUCAUGUCCGCCUUGAAGGGGACUUUGUGAACGUUGUGCUCAGCAUAUUAUUAUUAGAAGGGAUUGGCCGAAGUCUGAAUCCGAAUCUGGAUCUGUUCGCAGGCGCUCUUCCCAUUCUGCGCCAGCUGGGCGCACAAAGUGGAUCAACUAUGAUUCGAGGUGGGGAUUUUUCCAUGCUGAGGGUAUGGGUUGGUCUUGAAGCCCGCAGCUUCUUGCAAGCAUCUGUUGAAUCAGUUGAACGAUGUGUGAAGUACGAUCAACUGUCACCGAACAUAUAA